GAGGGGUGGGACGUCAGAGAAUGUCCUUCCCGGUUGGACAAGAGAGCGUGGCUCACGCAAGUGUCAAAGAGACUCUUCCAAGUUCCGAAGCUGGAAUCAUUCAAUUAAUUUGGCAGAAAGGAAUUGAUACACAAUUGCCAUUUAUAAGGGAAACAACGCGUUCAGAGAGGUGCUGGACAGAGCCACGAGGGGACAAUGUCUGACAGCAGUGGUGCUGCCAACAGCAAUAGCUGGACUGUCCUCACAGCUGAGGAGACUGUUGCUGAGACACUGAGGCCUGUAGAGGAGGGAACAGAGCACCAUGAAGAUACACCCAGUCAUACUGCUGCAGAGAAACCUACAGAGAGUAGGCCUGGGGAGGAUGCAGUGUCUGCUGAAGAGUCUCACUCUGUGAAGCUACAGCAGGAGACCCAGGAAACACAACCAGAGAGAGACAAGGAUUACACCCCUGUUGUAGAGAGUCCCACCCAUGACCUUCCUUUUGACCCUGCCCUUGACUCCACCUCUGCUAGUGUUGCUCCUCCGAGCUCUCUGUUAGAAGUCCCCGCCCCCACAGGCCKUGACCCAGAUACACACAGCCAAUCCAGAAGCCUCCCUGGGAACCCAGCCCCUCCCAUCUCUGACCCUGAUUCRUUCUCUGACUCCUACACCCACAUUAGCUCCUCCCCCGACCUUGAAGAGCCCCCUGCCUUGCUGCUCAACACYGAGCCACCGGAAGAGGUGGGGCUUGUACAGGAAGCGGAGGGGUAUAUACAGGAUGUGCAUCAUCAUUAUGAGGAGGGGCUUGGGCAGGAAGAGAAGGAGUCUGAUCUGUCUGAGKUCGGGGCCAAGACAGCUAAUGUUCAGUGGUUAUAA